CUGACCCCAUUUCUUUUUACCCACUUCCUGUAUUAACUUGAAAUGUAUGCAAGUCGGUGUUGUUGUUUGUCAUAUUCAUAAUGUUGUCUCAAGAUUCCUUUCUGCUCUUUUCCCUGACGUGUUUCAAGUUUCUGGGGCAAUUGAACUAAGUGAGAUUUCAUUUGACAUAUGCAAAAUCAGCAGGAGAGACUUUUAAAAACAUCCUCAAAACGAAGAAUGUGUCAUUUCCUUAAUGUAUGAAACAUGUGGAUUUGUUAAAAUAAUUGUUUGUUCUUGGGUUAGAUGUAAGUCUCUAACAUUCAGGACACCAUCUAGCCUUCCCUGUCCUUAGUUUGUAGCAGAUAAAAGGUUUAGAUAACGCCUGAAACAACCCCCCUGCCCCUUUUUUUUGUUAAUGCAUUUAAGGGGAGGGUUGCAGAAUAAUCAAUUUACCUUGUUUUCAGGGUCUUUUCAAGUUGUUGUUGUGACAUGAAUGAAGGCGCCUUUAAAAUCUCACUCAAUCACAAUUGUUUAAUGUUUUAUUGAUGUGAACAUAGUAAAAUCCUUCAGCACAAGAAGAUGAUUUAAAAAAAUCCAAAAUUAAAGAGUUCCUCUGUGUAAAACUUAAUAAGAUCUCUGUUACUACUAAGCUGCUCUUCAGGGAAAUGUGUGUUGAAAGACCCUAAUUGCAGGAAUUCAAAUAUAGUCCAGUUAUGACUUUCAGUUUUGAAAAAUCUUCAGAAAUUCUAGGGUUAUCCUCUCAAUUGACUUCAUUCUAAACUUCAGUAAUACAGUAGACAUUGAACAAAGGGUUAUUUUUGUAAGAAUAAUUGUUUAAUUUUGUGCAUAGUUUUUAAGGAUCGAUUGUUUACUAAUCUCUACUGUGGUUAAAUAGUUUGGGUUACUAAUAUAGAGAGAAACAUGUUACAGAAAGUUGUUCUAUACCCCUUAUUCUACCCUGGGAUUUGUUUCGAUUUCUGUAAUGGGUGUUGGAAUGGUUUGGUUCUGUCAGUGCCAGAAGUUAAUGUGUUCAAGUGCAGUUAAAUGGUAUGUUCAGAUGAUGUCUGUUGUCAACCAUGGGUUAUUUUCCUAAUGUAGACAAGGUCACACUUAAGUUUUUUGCAGGUUUUCUGUGCAAGGGAGUGGUUGUAGGAAACAAGGAGAAGAGAAACAACUUCUUGUUUUUUUUAAUAAGAUGAUACUAUUUUCAAAUUCAAAAAUUAGGAUGUGUUUAUUUGCUUAGAGCUAUGCUUAAGGCCUUGGUCUCUAUUAGGACAGUUGGGAAAUCAAGUGGAAUUGCAAAACAUCAACUGUGGACAUGUCCUUAAUUAUUUUUUUACUUAAAAACAGCCUAUUUGUUGUCUGCUUGAACAAAGUGCAAGGAAAGUAGUGCCAACAGAUAGUUAUGGACUUAUGGUUUUAUUAGAGUGCUUAUUACCCAAGUAAGUUGGAUGUAGGUGUGCUGUUUUUGUUUUGUCCAAUUUCUCGAAUUGUGUUUCUCUCUUUUGAGGGUAUGAACAUUGGGAGAUUGUCUAUUAUAGUGGAAAAAGAAGAGUUAGCCUAAACUCCAAGUUACACAUUCUCUCUCUUCUUAAACUUUGAAGUAACUUAAGGAUAAUAGAAAGCUGUCCUUGCCAGAAGAAUGUUUUAUGUAAGGAUUCUUAUUUUCAUAUGACUGAACUAUAGCCAGAACAAGGUCUUCAGUGUGUUUUAAAAGAGUCAGAAUUGUUUUGCAACAAUAGGUAUGCAUGUCCAUAAGUCUUCUAGUGGCUAUUAGGCAGAUUUAUUGUUGACCAAUGGGAAAAGUCCCACUUAAGUAAUGCUUUGCAUUAAUGCCUUUCCUGCAAGAAUCUCAAGGCACUUGUACAAAUAUUAAACUUUCCAAUAUGCAUGUGAGGGGUGUGUAUGUGCAUAUACUAUAUGUAUGUAUGCUCAUUUUACUGGUGAGUAGACAUGAGGCAUAUAGAAGUUAAGUGAUUUCCCCAAGGUCACGCUCCAAGUCAGUGAAAGCUUGGAAAAGAAAUCAGCCUUGAUUUCCCAUUCCUUCCUCUAACUGCUGUAUUGCAUUACCUUUCCCAAUGUACAAGUCCCUUUGCUUUCAGUUUUUAUUUUUUUAAAUUUCUCAGGAAUUUAUCAGUGUUUACAGAAAUUAAAAAUUAAGUGAAAAACAGUGCAAAAAAUUAACUUCAGAUUGCCACAGUUAAUGCUGGGAGAUGGGAGGAGAGAAAAAAGCAACAAAGAGAGAAACGUAACCCUAUUAAAAGACAAAGUAGUUUAAUAUUGUGGUUUAUUAAUGACCUGUACAUUAACAAAAUGCACAUAGAUGCAUGCGCACACAUUCAUGUGCAUCUGUCUUUCUCUACAUUACCUUACUUUAACAGACUUAUUUGCACUCCUAGAAUAACAUUAUUAACAUGAAUACAUCUACUUAAUGUAUUGAAUUUUUCUUAACAUAAUAAGUAUUUUCAUGUACCUGAGUGGCCCAAAAUUUUGGUAAAAAUCAAUUAAAAAACCCCCAAAUUACAGCUUUUGUAAAACCUGGGAAUUUUUCAGUAAAUAUUGAAAACAAAGGGCCUUAUCAAUGUAUGAAUCUAACCAUCUUGUGUAAUUACAUUUUCUUUUUCUCUAUGUUGCUCUUUGGAAGACCCACACAACUGAGGAGAAAUUGACUGGGCUACACCUUAGUACAAAAUAAUCACAUUUGAAAAAAGACAAAUGUUUUACUCUGAUCUUUCAAUUAUGAUGGUGAAAAAAUAUCUGAGUGCUAACAUUGCUUUCCUAGAUAGAAGACAAGAGAUCCUAUUUGAAUGGAAUGUUAAACUGUCAGCUGAAGUAGAACCAUUUAUUCCUCAGAAGAAGGGUCCUGAUACACUUAUGAUAUCUAUGGCUCUCCCUAAUGAGAGUGGAGGUGUUAAUGGAGUGGAACCAACUCCUAUUCCUAGCUACCUGAUUACUUGCUACCCAUUUGUACAGGAAAACCAGGCCAACAGACAAUUUCCAUUAUAUAAUAAUGACAUCAGAUGGCAGCAGCCAAACCCAAACCCCACAGGACCUUACCUUGCUUAUCCUAUUAUAUCUGCUCAACCACCUGUCUCUACAGAGUAUACGUAUUACCAGUUUAUGCCAGCCCCAUGUGCACAAGUCAUGGGUUUCUAUCAUCCUUUUCCUGCACCCUACUCUGCACCCUUUCAGACAGCAAGUGCUGUAAGUACAGUUACAACCGAAUGCACUGAUCGCCCAAACCAGCCAGGCCAGGUCUUUCCAUUAUCCAGACAGCGAAGCAAAAGCAGUAACAGGGGACCAGCUGCGCAAAAGCAACUACAGUUACAGACACACACAAAAAGCAAAAGGGUUCCAGUGAAAAGUGUGGCGAUCCAAAAAGAGACCAGUGCAUCAGGCCCUGAGAACAGAUCAAAAAUUGUGCUGUUGGUUGAUGCAUCUCAGCAAACAGAUUUUCCUUCAGAGAUAGCUAAUAAGUCACUUUCUGAGAGCUCUAAUACAAUGCUAUGGAAAUCAAAAGGCAGGCGAAGACGUGCAUCCCAUCCUGCUGCAGAGUCCUCCAGUGAACAAGGGGCCAGUGAAGCCGAUAUUGACAGCGAUAGUGGUUACUGCAGUCCUAAACAUAGCAACAAUCAGGCUGCUGCUGCCGCCAUGACUUCAAAAAAUACAGAUUCUGGUGCGAUGAAUAUUGUAGAACCAUCAAUAAAUGCAGCUGCCAUAAGUUGGACUAAUGUAAAUUCCCAGGCAACUCAGAAAAAACCUUGGAUAGAAAACCCUCAUUCAUUUUCCAGAGGUGGAAGACCAGCUGAACAGAGAAAUAGUUCACAGUCUGGUUUCAGAUGCAGGGGACAAAGCACAUCUUCAGAAAGAAGGCAAAAACUUCAGAAGCGACACGAGAAGCCUUUAACCACAAGCCAAUCAAGCAGAGCAGAACAAAGUCCCGAACCCUUGUACUUUGAGGAUGAAGAUGAAUUUCCAGAGUUAAAUAGUGACAGUGGAAGUGGCAAAGGUGGUAACAUUCAGCAAAAAUUUUCACCAAAAGUACUGGAUGAUUUACCUGAAAAUUCUCCAAUCAAUAUAGUCCAAACUCCAAUUCCUAUUACAACCUCUGUACCCAAACGUGCAAAAAGUCAAAAGAAGAAAGCCUUGGCAGCAGCACUUGCCACAGCUCAAGAAUAUUCAGAAAUAAGUAUGGAGCAGAAGAAACUCCAGGAGGCUUUAUCCAAAGCAGCUGGGAAGAAGAGUAAAGCUCCCGUGCAGCUAGACUUAGGGGAUAUGUUAGCAGCGCUUGAGAAACAGCAACAAGCAAUGAAAGCCCGUCAGCUCACCAAUACAAGGCCCCUCUCAUACACAGUUGGCGGUGGUGCACCUUUUCAUACCAAAGAAUCUACCAACAGAAAGUCAUUAACUAAAGGACAGCCAUCUGUAGGUUGUCUUAAUCCUUUGGACUCAACUGCUCCAAAAGUAAAAAGAGGGAAAGAGAGAGAAAUUUCCAAACUAAAGCGCCCGACAGCACUUAAAAAGAUUAUUUUAAAAGAGAGAGAAGAAAAGAAAGGACGCUUAUCUGCAGAUCACAGUCUUCUGGGAUCUGAUGAACAGAAAGAGGUGCCCGUAUGUUUGACUGAUGACCAGUCUCAGGAGUUAGCCUCUCAAGAAGAACCGGGGCUAAGUAUGCCUAGUGAUACUUCACUCUCUCCAGCAAGUCAGAACUCUCCAUAUUGCAUGACUCCAGUGUCACAAGGCUCACCUGCCAGUUCAGGGAUAGGUAGUCCAAUGGCAUCUUCAACAAUCACUAAAAUUCAUAGCAAGAGAUUUAGAGAGUAUUGUAAUCAAGUUCUAAGUAAAGAAAUAGACGAGUGUGUGACUUUGCUAUUGCAAGAGCUUGUCAGCUUCCAGGAACGCAUUUACCAAAAGGAUCCCAUGAGAGCUAAAGCAAGGAGAAGGCUUGUUAUGGGUUUGCGUGAGGUUACUAAGCACAUGAAGUUAAACAAGAUAAAAUGUGUGAUCAUUUCUCCUAACUGUGAAAAAAUCCAGUCAAAAGGUGGAUUGGAUGAAGCUCUGUAUAACGUAAUAGCCAUGGCACGAGAGCAAGAGAUUCCUUUUGUCUUUGCACUGGGACGUAAAGCUCUUGGUCGUUGUGUGAACAAGCUAGUUCCUGUUAGUGUGGUGGGAAUCUUCAACUAUUCUGGUGCUGAGAGCCUGUUUAAUAAGUUGGUCUCGCUGACUGAGGAGGCCAGAAAGGCAUACAGAGAUAUGGUUGCAUCAAUGGAGCAGGAGCAGGCAGAAGAGGCCUUAAAGAAUGUUAAGAAGGCACCCCAUCACAUGGGUCAUUCUCGUAAUCCCUCUGCAGCAAGUGCGAUUUCAUUCUGUAGUGUUAUUUCAGAGCCCAUAUCUGAAGUGAAUGAGAGAGAAUAUGAAACAAACUGGAGAAACAUGGUGGAAACAUCUGAUGGGUUAGAAACCUCUGAAAAUGAGAGAGAGUCCUCAUUUAAGACAACUGCACCAGAAAAAUCUAGCAGUGUUCAAAUUGAGAAAGCCACUGUUAACAAACAGCCACUUACAGCUACAACCGGAACUACCUCAACUGCAAGUCAUGGAAAAUCCUUGCCAAGUGACAAAGAAGAGGUGAAGCCAGAUGACAAUCUGGAGUGGGCCUCACAGCAGAGUACAGAGACAGGAUCUUUGGAUGGCAGCUGUCGUGAUCUUUUGAAUUCCUCCAUGACCAGUACCACCAGUACUCUUGUACCAGGAAUGCUUGAAGAAGAGGAGGAGGAUGACGACGAAGAUGAUGAGGAUUACACCCAUGAACCUAUAUCGGUAGAGGUUCAACUUAAUAGCAGAAUUGAAUCUUGGGUCUCAGAGACCCAAAGAACUAUGGAAACCCUUCAACUUGGGAAGACCCUUAGUGGUGCAGAGGGAGACAAUGCAGAACAAAGUGAAGAGGAAGAGUUAGAAACUCCUGAGCAGGUAGAUCCAGUAAUUGAUGGUGAGGAAUGGACAACUGAUAAGCACGCAAGUAAUGCCCAACAUAAACCCACGAUCAGCAAUUCUUCGAAUAAAGAACACACAGAUUCCAAUUACAUGUUGUAAAAAUAAGCACAAACUCAGGAACUCUUUAAAAUUAUAAUUAACUGUUGUAAGGGUUGCAGCCAUUACUUUGUAUGCUUCAUCUCAACAUUUUGCACUGUUUAACAUUUAAUGUAUGUAUUUAAUUCACAACAAAUAUUUGUAGCUGUCUUUUGUUAAUUGUUUCAUUAAAACCUAUAGUUUAGCUUUUAAUCAGUAUCUGUGUAUUUCCCAGAAUUGAAACCAUCUGUGUAAAAAUUUCAGUCAGUAUUAGAUAUUCACUUGAGCUUCUUUUGUAAACGGAGAAACUAUUUAUAAAUGACCAAUUGUAAGCAAGAAUCUUCUUAAAUUUGACUGUUUCUUUUUUUCAACACAUGAGCUGAUCUAUGUUUUAAGACUUGCAACAGUUACCAGCGUUUUGCAUUGCUGAUACCCCAAUCAUUUUAACCUGAUUGGCUAUAAUUUUCUAAUUAUACCAGGAAAUAAAAUGGAAGAGAAGCCAGAAAAAUCCAAAAACAUUUUUCUUGCAGUCAAAAGGAAGAGGAGAUUAUAGAGAAAUGUAUGCAUGAUUCUUAUGCUAAGACAGAUGCAGCUUUUAGUUGGGUCUAUGAGGGUAUAUCACAAAAGAUGCGGACUGUAAUGAGAUGGUUACGAUAUGUUAGAAUAACUUUAACCCAAAACCACAUAGCAAAAUAAUUGUAGUUAAUGUAUGUGUUUGCUUUUUUCCAAUGAAAUACUUAAAAAAAUCACUGUGUGCGGAGUCAAAGUAAGGGAACCAUUAACCAUGACCACCAUCCAUGUUGUUCUUAGUAACUGACUGCUUCCUUAUUCUUUCACUUACCUCAGGAAUGCUGAUGUGCAUAAUUUUAUUUACAUUAAAUAAAACAGGCAUAAGUGAUCUGAGUAUUUAACAGUAAGUGUGACUGAUAUAAUAGCUAAGUGUAUGGUUGUGUUCACUUGCAUGCUUUGAUUCUGGCCACUUUUAUAUUAAGUUCAGGAUCAAUUUUAGGAUUAAUUCUCAUUGAGAAUGUGAACUCUUGUUCCUCAGUUGUAGCAGCCUAGUAGUUGACUUCUAGAGUAGUAAAGUAGUUGUUCUGGGAAGGCAGGAAAGUGCCUUGGAGUUCUGAGAGGUGUCAGUGGUUCAAAAAAAAAAAGAAGCCAGAAACGAAUAAGCUGCCAUAGAAUUAUCCAUUUUUGUUCCUAGUAUUGAAAUGAAAUCCAUUCUCUGGUGAUGAAUUUAUUUCAGAUUGGGGGUGGAGUAUAUGUCUAAUCCUUGCACACUAAGUCUGAAUUUUCUAACUUUGUCCAGUACUGGCAAUAAAUGUACUGAAGCCAUCAGCACCAAGGACUUGACUACAAGAGUAGCCAAAGAACCAUUUUCACGAAUAACAGUUUUUCAUGGCAAACAUAGAUUUGUUUUAAUUCUACUUCAUUAUUCUCUAGACCACUUCCAUUUAAAAAAAGGUAACUUUCAGUAACACAAAAUAAAUGGACAUUUUAGUUGCACAUUUAGUUUACGUAAUUUGGGACCAGCACUUUUUUAGUAUUUGUAAUACUGGUAUUUCAUGUUGCACUGGGAAACUCAGACUCCAGGCUUAGGAAAUAUCUAGUCCUGUCUUUCAGAUGGUAAUGAGCAUUGUGGAAACAAAGAGUUUGAGUAUUAUGUAAAUAACACUUUGGUAUCUGUAGACAUAGUAAAUGCUAUGCAGGACAUUGUUGAAGAGCUGUCCUGUCAUGUUCUUAGUUCCUUGAUAUAAUCUUCCUAGAUAUUAGCAACAGACUUUUAUAGGAAUACAAAGAGUAAAGAAUGAUGCCUCCUAAAUAUUAACCCAAUUGUUUGUACUGCAGAUUUUAUUGUGCAUACACUUCGAAAGGUUUAGUUGAUUUAGGAAAUGAUAGGGGUUUGAACUGCUGACAGAGGAUCAAUGUUUGCCCUUGGAUGUGUAAGCACAGCUUCUGUCAACAACUAAGAUCAUCUGUGCACACUAAGGAUAGAAUUUGACCUAGAUUUUCCCAAAAUGGAAAGUGGGAUUACAAAAAACUAUAAUCAUCUGUACAUUUCCUUUUGCUUAUUCCAUGACAGUGAUUCAAAUAACUCUUGAUCUUGAGGUAGUAGCAUUACAAAGGUUUCUUUUUUGUCUUUUCUGAACUUGGACAGUCCUUUUAAGAUUUGACAUUUAUAUCAAACAGGAAAUCUACUUGUAAUCUUCAACCCACUGUUUAAUUGUAAUUUUGCUACAGAUUACAUAAGUAUAUUAUGAGUUCAUUAAAGAUGAUACAGCUCAUCUAGUACCUCUCUAUUUGCCAGCAAACAAGGAGAAUCUUUGAAAAUGUGAAUGAUCAUCUCCAGAAAGGCAAACCAAAACAGAGUAAAGGAAACCAUCCAUUUAGAACGUUUCCUUUUGAUAAGAUGAGAAUGAGAGAUAAUUGCGAAUGGAAUGACUGUGUGUCUGGGAAGAGGUCCAUUUGCAUCUAAAAUUAGGGAAGUUCCUUGCAAUGUGCAGCACUUAAGAGGUAUAAUCUUGAUCUUGUGGUAAUCUUGUUUCUAUCAGCAACAGAAAUAAAAAAAGCAUAACCUUUCCGAUAGGUUAUUUUAUAGUGCCAUGAUUAAUUUUUUAAGAUAGCUGGAUUUCUAUUUCACUAUAAAAAUAUACAAUUUAUUGUACAGGUUGUUACACUCCAAAAAACAGAUGUUUCUGGAGUUAUAUGACUAUAGAUAUGUUUUUUUGUUGUGAAGAUUAUUCAGAAAACAAAUAUCCAUUUUUUUUUCUUUCAAAGACUAUUGGAUUAUUUAGAUUUCAUGCAUCUGGCAAAACAUGAAAAAUAAUGUGUGGUAGGGCAUCUUUACAAAUGAAUUGAUAGAGGUGACUAUGCAUAGAAAUUAUUUUAUAUAACACUUCUGGUAUUUGUGCAAAAAUAAAUUUAGGGGAAAAAAUCUGGAGAACGUAGUCCUUCAUCAGACCAAACAUAUAUAUUUUUUGUCUGAGUAAGGAUGAAGGCCCUGGUCCUGCAAAUACUUACUUACAUACUUGACUUUAGGAACACGAGUAGUUCCACUGAUCUCAGCAGACCUAUUGGUAUGCUUAAUUGAAACACCUUUGUAAGUGUUUGCAGGAUUGAAACCAAACAAUGACUGCAGGAUUUGUCCCGUAUUUUUAAAAUUAAAAAACUAUAGAAAAUGUUCUUCAAUAAUGCACUUGUCUGAUUUCUUAACAUAAAGGUGGGAGAUCUCUAAUGCUUAUGUGGGUGAGGAUUUUCACAUGAUUCAGUCCAGUUCUUUAACAUGAAGUUUAAAUUUUAAUAACAUUACUUUAAAUAUGAAUGCAAAAAAGUUUUAUUGUUUGAAAAGCUGCUGUUUGCUAAAACUGUCUAAGUAUUCUCUGUGAAGUUGUGCCAACUAAUCAAAAUAUCCAGUUGAUUUUAAUGUUGAUCAUAUUUUAAUCAUUAAAAUUCAAUGUGAAGAUUUGUUUACAAAAACAAAAACCAGCAGAAGAAAGCCAUAGAUGCAGCCUAUCUGGGUUUUUAGCCAUCCCUUCCACACACAAUGAAAUGUAAGAAUGUCUAACUUGAAAUUUAUACUGAGUGAUAACACUGAAAUUAGCAACACAGUUGGCACAGCCCACCUUCUAAAUGUUCAUAAAUGGUUCAUAUAUUUUUAAUAGAUUCUAAUAAGAUAAACAGUUAAUCUUUAAUGUCUUAACAUUUGUAGCAAAACUUAGGUUAAACAGUAGAAAAUUAUUAUAAAAGAUGAAGGGUUUUGUUUUCUUUUUUGCUGUAUGAAGGAUAAUUGUUCGUUCUAUCAUACUUUUUUGGAGUAAUAGCUUUUUUUGCACUAUGUAAAUACUAGUGGGGAUUCUUCCAUAAACUAAUAAAAGUGAUUGUAGAAAUA